CGGCACCAGCAGCAGCUACCAGACGACUUUGGACUUGUGCUAGGGUCCCACGAUACCUUGGUGUCGAAUUUGGAGCAGGACCCUUUGGACCUGCUCUUCGCGGACACCGAAAUGACGGGGGGUCUGAAUCAGCAUUCGGAGGCGGGAGAUCAUCUCUUCAGCCGACUUCUCAAUCACAGUCCCCAGGAAUUUCCUACUUCAACAGGCACCAAUAAUACGCAGGCCACCACGCCAGCCAUCCCGUCCACUCAGGUUGCUACCACCAACACCACCACCUCCACGUCUCCUUCCCACUCAUCCACCUCGGAGUCCAACCCCAAGACCACACUUGAUCAAAACCCCACUGCCAAACGUCAGCGUAACACUAUGGCUGCUCGUCGUUACCGCCAACGCCGCCUGGAUCGGUUAGCCGAGCUGGAGAAGAAGUUGGAGGAGAUGACGAGUGAGCGCGACGAUCUACGCGUCAAGUUAGCUAGACGGGAGGCAGAGUGUGGUGCUCUUCGAGAGGUGCUCGGUUCCAAGAAGUGAUGAUGGGUUUCCUCUGUUCCAUGACCAGGGGUUAGCUGAGUGACAAUCAACGGUGUUCAUGAUGACAAGAUGGUGUUGCGGUGCAAGUGUCAGACGAUGUCGAUU